AUGAAUAUUCUUAUGCUGCAAAUUCCCGUGAGUCAGUUUCUGGUAUGUGACGAUCUCACUUCUGAAGUUGACAAACUGAAACUGACAGAGAACGAAGCACCUGGCAACAGUGCUCCUCCGCGACCGCAAACUGUAUCUGAUCUUGAAAAGGAGGAAAACUGGGACAAGCUACCGCAGUUGUGGUUUAGAGCCACGAAAUUGCUAUUUGGAGAGGGCGUUCCAGUGGUUCCUCUCGUCCAGGUUUCCUAUGAUUCAAUCUUUCCGGAGGAAACGAACGACCCUGUUGCAAAAUACGUGAAGCGGAGUGGGUAUACGGACGAGUUUAUUACAGAGAAGCAACAAUUUGGAACGUAUGAGAAUUUUGUUAACGAAACUAGAGGUGCGGUUGGCAUUGUCACGAUGAAAAAGCUACCAGCGGCAGAGGAGUCGGAAGCUAUAUUCCAGAUUUAUGAAUGUUUUCGCAGUAAAGGCAGUUCGAUUGUGAUUGUGAUCAACUAUGAUCCCCCUUUAUCAACCCAGGCUGAAAAACCUCGUGUGCUCCGAUGUCUUCUUGAGCACUGCAAGAGGAAGAAAACAAAGGACUACAUGAAAGUCGCGCAAGAACUAUGUUUAUCAAUGGUAUUUCAACCACUUGGAGACAGUGAAUUCUUUUACAAGCAUAUAGAAAAGAUAGGACUGCAAACUUGUAAGCGGAUUGCGGAAAGAACAAGCUUAUCGUCUGUAAAGGAUGUUGAAAAGAUGAUAAAAGAGCUAGAAAAAAAAGAUCCAAACACAUCACCUUUGUCUGAUACUGCAAAACGUAAUCUGUUUGGACUUCCCUUUGUUAAAGGGUUUAGUAUGAUCGCCGAUACACCCCAUAUCUACAUACACGAGAGACAGUUCGGAAACCACGAUAAUCAUACACAGGUGCACGAUAUGGUAUCGCCCUAUUUUGGUGACCAUUAUUUUAUUUUGAAAUAUUCUGAGAAAUUCCGUUUUGUACCCCUUGUCUCAAUAAAGCCAGGGGAGGCUGUAUUCUCCAAUCCGGAGAAAUACGGAACUCUCGGUGCCUUACUUGAAGUGCUCCAAGAAUGUGCGAAUGACUGGUAUGGCCUAACAUGUGAGCAUGUUGUGAGAGAGAGUGCUUCAGUGAUGAUCAAAACGGAGGGAAAUUCGUUUUCUGACUUAGGAAAAGUAGUGUACAAGAGAGAUAUCACUAAAACAGAAAAAGAUGUUGCCCUCAUACAGAUAAACCGUUCGUUUUACCCCACAAAUAUCCAUGGACACAUUGAUAUUCGUAGAGACCAUAGAGGAAUUAAACAGCAGAAGGUCCGGAAGUUGGGGGCUCAAACCGGGGAAACUUACGGCUUUGUGUUAGGAACCUACUUGGAAUGUCCUAAGUAUGGAAGAGAUUUCAUAUUUCUUUGUCCAGAAGAACAAUCAGCGCGUUUUGCAGAGGCUGGUGAUAGUGGUUCCGUUGUUGUUCUAGAAGAAGAUAACAAAGUAGAAGCAUUGUCCAUACUUUCAGGCGAAUUAAGCGUCGUUCCUGAACAGGAAGCAGAAGGGAGUGACCAAACUCCUCAACCGACGUUGGAAGAUAAGGGGCACCCCGUUGCUGGUGACAGUGUAGGAGGUAGUGCCAGUUCUGCGUCUGAUAUAUAUCCUGACGAGAUUACACCCUGUAUUCCAGAGAAAACUCAAGUACUUUAUUCCGAAACGUUGACAGCAUCUCUGGAUCAAAUAAUAAAUAAUCAGGAAAAAUUUUCUAGAGAAAAGAUUCUAGAAUACAUUGAUGAAGUAAGCACAUACCACAGUCUCUUAUUUGUUCGCCGUGUUGAUCCAGGAAAGCCAGCUGCUGCAACGCAUUGCAUUCUAUGUAGACAAAGCCGUAGAUCUGAUUUCUUUACUUACUUCAGUGACCACCAACCUCCAUGCAAAAAAGCAGUUGAAUGUGUAUUACGUUGUUCUGUUGAUAACAAAGAACUCAGGGACAACUUGGCAAAUAGGUACAUGUCUGUGCACAGAACAAGACUGCUGGAGCCUGCAUCAAAAAUCAGAUUGCAUAUUCAACCGUGCGAACUAAAGGCGGAGGAAAAUAAAGAGCAUGGUGAUUAUGGCAUUAGGCCUAAGAAAAGGUCGUGUCAAAAAACACUCGGCUUUCGUGAUCAACCGUUCCGUUUAGGGGCCGAUGAUGAUUUAUUUUCUUCCUAUCUAGAAGCCAAGGCAACUCAAGAGCAUGAUGAUGACGAUGAUGAUUGGACGACACGUGUAUGGGAAGAAGAAUUUAAAUCAAUUACAGGAAUGACAUUUUCUAGGUUUUUAAAUUUUUCAGCCGAUCUUUUUAAUAGAUGAGAUUUAACUUAUGAGCAAUGCAAGCAACAUUUCAAAACGCCCCUACCACGAUGACCCAUCUUUCAUUGCACCCCCAGUGCAACCUUGUAUUCUACUCUACAGUCCACCGGUCAUGCUUUGUAGGACACAGCUUACCUGUGCAUUGGGUAUAACUUGAUAUAUUGACACUGCUUGCAGUGCUGUUGCCAGUAAUCAAAAAGAAAUAGAAACGUUGACAAGGAUCAUGCUCCCUUGAACAGUCGCACUAUAUAACGCCAUGUAAACGUCUAGGUUUAUCGUGAUAAAUAUGGGCAUUACAGUUUGCUCCAUGGAUUUGCAUAGGCAUAGAAGCCGGGGGAUGUACGUCUUAGCUCGUGCCAAGCCCUCCCCUUUUUAAUCACGUCAAACACAAGCGCCUGCAGCAGAGGUUAGAUUGUUUUCUUUAUCUUACAUUCAUCAAUGCCACAAGCAAAUGGAAAUUGGUCAAACUUGCACUUUUUCAAGGAUGGGGAAACCUAGAAAUUUAGAUAUUCAGGGAACGGGACAAUGGUCUAGAAAACCAUUUUAUAAUCUAAUUAUACCAUGUGUACGCUAGAUUGGAUGGUAGAGCAUGCUCUCCUGGUGAUAGUUCUAAAGAUAGAUAAAUGUGUAUAUAUAUGGGAAUUAAUGAAAAGUGUAUUCUGUUGUAAGAUGAAUCCAGACAUAAUGGUCAAUUAAAGAGGUUACAGGUGUAUUGACUUUUAUGAACAAUUUUAAGAAUAUGGAUUUGUUAUAGUGAGUGUAAAGAUUUAUACAAUUGUGUUAAUAUUAAAUAGGAUCAUAAACCCUUUGCUUCAGUAGUUGCAUCGAACUAAAAAAAGUGUCAUUUUGUGUAAAAGAUGAAGUUAUAUUAGAAAUGCUAUGUACAUGUGAAGAAAUGCCAUAAAUGGUUGGAAAUAAUAUUUUUACUUUUAUGGAAUACCAAGUCUAGAAAAUCGU